CCCCGGCUCUCUGCUCUUGCUUUUCAGACACACUUGUUUGAGCCUUUGCUAUUCACACUUGGCUAUGAUACAAUUCGAGAUUUGGAUGUUUAAUCGCCCCUGAUAUGGGUAGCUGACACCUUGCUCUAUCAAAGAGGCCUGCUGCUGGUCCCCUAUCUGUCAUCUGUAGCCGACAAGUGAAGUCCAGGUGAGAUUUCAAACCAAAGCUCUGAAUCAGGUCUUCUGUUAAGAAUCUUCGGGACAAUACGUUUAAGUUUAGUUAAUAUUUCUGUUACGCAGGCCUAUAGAGAGUUGUGUUCAGUAUGUGGAGCAAUUCUUGGAUACAGUUCUGUAAAUGGUGCAGUUACCGUGGAAACCAAUGGAGUGGUCAUGCUCAUUGCUACACUGUGACAACGUUUCCCCAGAAUUGAGUUGAUACAUAGCACUACCCAUAGCUGUAAUCCAAGAUAAUCCAAUAUAUUAACACUAUACAAUUAUAAUGGAAACGUUGACAGUUUAUUUCUGUGCAUAUGUAAUGCAAUACAGCUUGUAUAAUAAGCACAUUUAGUAUCAUAAUAAUUUGUAUAUUAUAAGUUAGUCACUCUAGUAUGUUUUCCGAUCAGAGAUAAUUAUUGAGUAAACAUUCGCUUUGCUCCAUGCCACCAUGUGUUUUCCUGGUAUCGUUUGAGAGACGCACACUUAGACAGAGAAAUAUAAAUACACACAGUGGUAUGCACACUGACACAAAGACAGAAGAUGUACAUACAGACAAAAAAAAAGAGGCAUUAAGAAACAUACACACACUGAGAGAGACCAACAGACUGACAGAGACAGACACACAAGCAAAAGGCAAAAUAACAUGGAUAUAAACACAGACACACAAAUAGAGAGUGACAGCCAAAGAUAGAGACACACACUGACACAACAAACAAUAGACAUAGACUAGACGUUAAUUUCUGAGCUUCAACUCUCUUGCCAUCCCAACACACAAACAAAUACGCAGCUGAGUUGCUAAUCGUUGCAUAUUAUCAGACAGUAUUCCACAUGAACUCAAUGUAUAGUGAACAGACACUGUUGCAAUAUCUACUUUAGCCUCCAUCUGUUUUGGGUGAGAAUUGUGCGAGUUACAGUCCACUGCAACAUAAAAACAGGUACCCACCUAAGUUUUAUUUAACCCUUAGACCCCUAUUCGUAACCCUAUGUUCCUCAUAACCCACAGCUCCUAUAGCCCCAAGUCCCCGUAACGCAUUCCUACCCUAAACCCACCAACUUAAUUUAGAGACAUUCCUUUUGACAAUGCGAUUUUUGUGACCGCUCAGUUUCUGAUGAGAUAUUACCAGGGAGUGCCAUACUUGCACAGUAUAGACCAGUGGUAGUCAACCUUUUUCUACCUACCGCCCAGUAAUGCAUCUUUUUGGUUGAAAAAAUUUCCUUACCGCCCACCAGUUUUCGCGCAAGUGCUGAAUAUUUUUUAGAAAGGAGGGUGUUUUAAAAAAAAAUAAAUGUACGUACAUUUAUCUUUUUAUUUCUACUUAAUGCAUGUUUAGAAUGUUUUUACCUUGAUAAAGUUUAAUGAGAAAAUAAUAAAGUAAAUCGAAAUUACCUUUACUAGUGAUUAAUGAGAUCCUUGAGGUUGAUGCUGCGAGACUAAAUAUUUGAUAUCUGGUUCGAUUUUCGUAAGGAACAAACGAAGGUCUCCUCUUUCGGUGAUAUUCAGAAGACUUCUCUGUUUGCGCAUAAUAUGAUUUCUCAUCUGUGCGUCAGCUCCCCUCCUCUCUCUCCUCAAUUCCCCUCCCCACCUUUUUUUUUUCCUUUUUUCUAUUUUUUAACCUUCCUUAUAGCAAUGCCCAGUAGGAACGCCGAGCUAGGUAGCCCACUUACUAUAGCCCACUAUAACAGACAGGCACACAUACAUGCAUACAUACAGACACACACACAAGACACACAUACACACACACACAAGACACACAUACAAAGACACAUACAUACAAACAGACAUGCACACAUACAGACACACACAGACAUGCACACAUACACACAGACAAGACACAUACAUACAGACAGGCACACAUACAUACAGACACACACAGACAUACAGACACACACAUACAAAGAAACACACAUAAGACAUACAUACAAAGACACAUACACACAUACAGACAGACACAAGACACACAUACAUACAAAGACACAUACACACACAACACAUACAUACAAAGACAAGACACACAUACAUACACACAUAUAUACAGACAGACACACACACACAAGACACAUACAAAGACACACACAUACAUACAAAGACACAUACAUAAGACACACAUACAUACACACACAUAUAUACAGACAGACACACACAAGACAUACAUACAAAGACACAUACACAAGCAAACACACACAUUAUAUUUAAGUCACCCUCCUGUUUCCUACCUUUAAGGUGCAAGAGGGUGACUUUCCCUGGGGUCCAGUGGUGGCUCAGGUGGAUGGGAGUCACAGUUCCCACUCUGACUCCCUGUUCUUCCUCCUGCACGGCUCUCAGUGUUAGCUGUGAGGAGUGACGUGCAGUCACUUCCUCCCAGCGUGUGAUGUAAUCACAGGGGGCUCGGUCGCGCUGUUAAAGCGCCCAGCGCUGACCGGGCCCCCUUACAAUCCACGUCCAUCAGGUGGCCCUGACAGCAUGGGCCACCCGAUGGACCCCUCCAUAUGUGGCCCCAGCGGCUUGCCGUGCGGGCCGGGGCCGCAAGUGGUGAUGGCGGUACCCGGUCGCAGGGGUACCGCCGGCUCGCACCUGCCCGUCUGCCCGCCCAAUCUGUCAAAAUUAGAAAAUCCCUACCGCCCACCUGGAAUCCUGAAACGCCCACUAGUGGGCAGUAGGGGCCAGGUUGACGACCCAUGGUAUAGACUAAAAGGCACUUGGUAGGAUAGAUCUGGGAGACAGGGAUAGAAAGCAUAAUGAGGUUUAAAAAUAUUCCUUCAGGAAUGCAAAAACUGGGUAAGUAAAGAGGUUAAUUAACAUUAACCUUUAGAUAGGCCAAGAACGGGAUCUCAAAGAUACUCAAACUGUCAAGUUAAAACAAUCCUAGUGCACAAGGACAAGUCACUGACCUUCAAAAAUUCACAACACAAAGACAGGACAUCAACAAGGCUAUUCAACAAAGUGGGAACUGUCAGAAAGUCAAGGUACAUUUCAAAUUAUACGUCAAAAUAGACUAACUGAAAACGUGGUUAACUUGAAGAAUUUUUCCAAUUUUAAAAAUGUUACAUUUUUAAAAUGUGAAAUUAACUUUGAAGUAAUUUAACAUUUCUGACAAUUCCCCCCUUUAGUGAAUAACCAUGGAGGUUUAUACUAGGAGGAGUCCUGGCAGUAUACAGGGCACACUGCCAGGAGUUGUGAGUGUGACACUCUAGAUACAGGCUUCCCCAAACCCUGGCCCUCCAGAUGUUGCCGAACUACAACUCCCAUGAUUCUCAGCCUAUCUAUUUAAUUCAUAGUAUCAUGAGAGUUGUAGUUCAGCAACAUCUGGAGGGCCGGUGUUGAGGAAAGGACAGCUAAGACACUGAUACAUGGCAGAAAUCAGUAUUAGCUGUCCUCUUAAAGGGACACUAUAGUCACCUGUACAACUUUAGCUUAAUGAAGCAGUUUUGGUGUAUAGAACAUGCCCCUGCAGCCUCACUGCUCAAUCCUCUGCCAUUUAGGAGUUAAAUCCCUUUGUUUAUGAACCCUAGUCACACCUCCCUGCAUGUGACUUGCACAGCCUUCCAUAAACACUUCCUGUAAAGAGAGCCCUAUUUAGGCUUUCUUUAUUGCAAGUUCUGUUUAAUUAAGAUUUUCUUAUCCCCUGCUAUGUUAAUAGCUUGCUAGACCCUGCAAGAGCCUCCUGUAUGUGAUUAAAGUUCAAUUUAGAGAUUGAGAUACAAUUAUUUAAGGUAAAUUACAUCUGUUUGAAAGUGAAACCAGUUUUUUUUUCAUGCAGGCUCUGUCAAUCAUAGCCAGGGGAGGUGUGGCUAGGGCUGCAUAAACAGAAACAAAGUGAUUUAACUCCUAAAUGACAGUGAAUUGAGCAGUGAAAUUGCAGGGGAAUGAUCUAUACACUAAAACUGCUUUAUUUAGCUAAAGUAAUUUAGGUGACUAUAGUUUUCCUUUAACUAAAUGUAAACAGGAAUACAAAAUAUUUCCCUCACUCUCUGUUAUGGUAACGAUACUAUUCAAACAUGGGAUUCGGCGGUUUGGAGGCAUUCCAUGAAACGCCUUUACAUCCUCAUUUUAUAGCUGAUGGUGCUGAAGAUGACAGAGGGAUCCCUGACUGAGUUCCUGGAAGCUUCCGCUAACGGGGACCUGGAGAGACUGAGACUAAUUGCCUCCCAUGCAGAGCCCGGGUACAUAAACUAUCAGCAUCCACAGAGCGGAGAUACGGCUCUAAUCCUGGCCGCCGAAGGAAACUUCUCAGAGGUAAACUAUCUUGGGACAUUAUAUAGUCACUAUAGACCAGCACAGGUCUCCUGGCUGAUGGGGACUGGAGCUAACAGCAGCUGCAGCAAAAGAAAUUGCAGAUACCUUGUAUAAACGAUAUAUCUGGGUUGGAAUCUGGAGCUUUUUUCAAUUCAUGUUUGGUUUUUCAAAGCUGCCCUGAUUGUAGAUGCAGCAUUAGAUCCAUGUUAUAAUGAUAAAUAUAACUAUUCCAUUUGGAUUAUUGGUAAAUUCCAGCUUGUGUUUGAAUCCCAGUCAGACUACCUCACCAGUUAGUAUGACCAGAUACCUAACGAUAUGUAUCCGCCUAUAUCAUCUUAGAUUUCAAGCUUGUUUCGUCAGCGCCACCUUCGCCUAUGUGUGUCAAUUACUUGUAAAAUAUCCCAACUCUAUAACGAUACAGUGAUGCAGAAUACGUUGGCGCUACAAAAAUAAUAAUAGUAACACCUGGGUUCGUGAUGAUUUUAAUUGGUUUCAUGAGGUCACAUUUGCUGUAGGAACUGUCAUACCUAGAGGUUCAGGUAAAAGAAGAGAUGGCUUCUCAAACUAGUAGCUUAUUCAUUUGUGUGAAUUUCUAUUUAAAUUUAUUUUGGAGACGAGAUCAUUUCAUUUUAUUCACUAACAUGACAAUUGUUGGGGGAUUCAAAGUGAAUUUAAAAUUUUAGGGCAAGAUGGCUGAAUUGGCAAUAAAAGUCAAUUAUGUUUUCAAGUUCAGCCUAAUAUUUGAAAUUUUCCUUUAUUUCUCGACAAUUCACACUAGAAUGAGUAAAACUAUAUUCUGGUAAAUUUGUAAAUGGGGAGCUACUAUUUGGCUUAGAGUGUAAGAUGACCACUCUAAGCCAAUCAGCAGCGCUCCCCCCCUAGCAGCAGUCAGAAACUUUCUUUCUAAGAAUUUCUGAAAGUGGAUGUGGACGGAUACAGAGAGAAAUGGCACGGCAGAGCAGACUUUGUUUUCUGGUCCAUUCAUGAACAGUUUAACACCUAAAAGUAAGGAAGCACCAGGGACUUCCUGGCACCAGAACAAUUACAUUUUGAUGAAGUUGUUAUGGUGCCCGAAGUGUUCCAUUAGAAUAGAUUAUUUGUAAUUUUUUAACCUUUCAUUGAUUACGGUGUCUGUGUUGGUUUCCAACACAAUUAAUUCACUCAGGUUGUCAGAUUUCUGCUGGAGCACGGUGCCGACGUAACCCUGUGCAACGCCAGUAAUCAGACAGCCGCGCAUGUGGCUAAGGAGGAGAUCCAAAGACAGCUUAUCUCUGCUCUAUCGAGGACCUCCUUCCCUCAUUUGAGGCUAACACAAGCAGCGUGGCAAGGAGACCUGGAAGCUGUUCAGCACCUGCUAGUAAGUGUAACGAAUCGUACCGGUAAUAAUAACUGCAGGCGUAUGCAAUACAUUACAUUCGGGUGUGCACCAAGACUAACAUGCUAUCUGAACUUAAUAAACACUAAUUUUAAAAAAAACUAGGUACACAAUUCUAUUAAUUAGCACUAGUGACCAGAUGUAUAUAUAUAAUCUGAACAUGGGACAGAAAGGGCAAUUUAUCCGGGCAUAAAAGUUACCUGGGCACACCUGUCACAUGCCUAUGAUAAUAAUAUAUCCCAGCACCAUGGAUAGAGUGGAACCAGCACAGAUGUAUACAGUAUUACAGUGCCCUCCGUUAAACCACAAUAAAUAUUAAACGCAUUGUAUUUCUGUUUUAAGUCUGCAGAGACAUCGAUGGAUGUGAAUAUGCCAAAUCAGCAGGGUCUGACACCUCUAAUGUUAGCAGUGCGUGAUGAAGACCUGUUUGAUAUACUGAAUGUAGACUAUAGACCAUUAGACAUAUUGGCAGAACUUCUAAAACACAACGCGUGAGUAAUGACUAUAAAUAACUAGGAAAAUAUUAUGUCUUGCCUUUGUAGAAUAGAACAAAUCCCCUGGGAUGAGAGGCGUUCUAUGAUCUUCAUUCUCCAUGAACAGUCUUUUAUAUAUUUGCUUUCACACUAAUGAAGAUGGAGAUAUUUAUUCCAACUACUUGAUUUUUAUUAUUUUUUUACUAUUUUUCACAAUUUUUUUGUAAAAUCUUUAUUUUAAACAUUUCGCCUUACAGACAAAAAUAAAUGAUAUUGUCAAGCGUAGAUCUAAAAGGAACACUAUAGGGUCCGGAACACAAGCACGUAUUCCUGACCCUAUAGUGUUAAAACCACCAUCUGCUAUCCCUAACCCCAUUAAUAUAGUAAUAUCUUAAUUGUAUUGCAGUCUGCUGCUGCUGGCUCUGCCCCUGAUCUGCCUGCUUGGCUGACAUCAUCAGAAGUGUUGUUCUGAGCCAAUAACAAUGCUUUUUUAUAGGAUUGGCAGAGACUGUCAAGGAGGCAUAUCAGGGGCAGAGUCAAUACAGCCCUGGCCAAUCAGCAUCUCCUCAUAGAGAUGUAUUGAAUCAAUGCAACUUUGAGAGAAAAGUUCAGUCUGCAUGUAGAGGGUGGAGAAACUGAAUGUCAGUCACACUGCGCAGCACUGCCCCAGGAAGCACCUCUAGCAGCCAUCUGAGGAGUGGCCAGUGGGGGUAUCCCUAGGUUGUCAUGCAAACACUGCAAAAAGCCUGAGGGCAAUAAUUAUACUCAUUAGAACAAAUACAAUAAGCUAUAGUUGUUCUGGUGACUAUAGUGUCCGUUUAAUAUUACAGCAAAAACAUAAGUCCUUGUCAUUCUGUUAUACAAUUGUAUAAAUUCAGGGCCAGUAAAAAAUGUUUGGGAGAGGAUACCUUAGAGAGAGAAUUGAGAGGGAUGGCUCACUAUUCAUGACAGUUUGAGAUCUAGACAUAUACAAAAAGUCGUGAGACCAACAGAUCAGGAAAAGGGGCAAAAAACUCCACAAAGGUGAAAGGCCCAUAGAUUAAAAAUGUAAAAAAUUCAAGCAUGUCAGAUUUGUGUAAAUAUAGUUUUAAGUUUAUCAAAAUAUUGUUUCAUUAGCAUACCUUGCUCCUCAGAGAUAUGUACGCUACUUUUUUGUAUGUAGUAAAAGGGUAUCAGUACUAACACAGUGACCUCGUCCAGAAUACUGUAGAAAGAUUAAAAUAAAAUGUAUUUUUUUUGUGUGUGUGUUAAACCACAAUUUGCAUGUUUCCUCUUUAUUGCACCAACACAUAUUAUAUAUCAUAUUUUUUUUUUAAUUCUUUAUUUUUGCUGUGCAUGAAAUAACUUUCACAUGUCAUCAAUACCAUAACAGUAUUCGUAAACAAUUUGAAAACACGUAUUAGUUGACUGUUGUACAGCAUUUAGAUCAAACGCACAAUUUUUUAGGUUAACAAUACAAGCUGAGUACAAGCUGGGUAACUACGUCUAUCAUAAUGGAUUUCUUUGUCGAUUAGUAACAAUAGCUGAAGAUUAAUUUUUAUGUUGCAUCUCGGUGUCAUCUAUAUAUUUAAAGUGUAUGCGUCAUCUAGAUCUAACGGAACGUCUAACAGAUUAUAAAAAACACUGGUAGUCAGUAUUGGUGCAGAGAGUAUUGGUAAAGUGAAAUGAAGGGCGCUGCUGCGAUGCAGUAACUCAGCUGCAGCAGAAACUUGGAGUCUGCCUGUUUGCCUUCAUGCUGUGCCUCCCUUGAGCUAGUGUAUGGGGGAGAGCCCAGUGUCAAGAAGUGUACCUAGAUUAGCGUGGCUAGUAAUAUAGGAGUGUGCCUAGUAUUGAGAGGUGACUGGGCAGUAAGCUGUAAUAUUAGGGGAGGUUACCCCAUGCUAGAGAAGGGGAGCUGUAACCCUCUGGGUCGUACAUUAAACAAGGUGUCAGUUCAUGCAGAUUAGACAGUUCGACAGCUGGAAGGUGUGUGCUCACGAUGUGAAAUACGGCUUGCCGGCUGUGGGGCUGAGUAAUGGGCGUCUCAGCCUAUGCUCAGUGCUGGAAUGUCCCCUGGUCUGUCGUAGCAGGCACCUCCGAUGGAGCUUCUGGGCUCGGUUCCUGCUUCAGCGGUGUUCGGCAUGACGGUCUCCUGUUCAGCAGUGCAGAGGUCAUCCAAUGCUGUGUGGCGUGGAGCUGUGCUGAUCUGUGAGUCUUGGGUCGGGUGGGUGGCGUGCAGAUGAGGCUUGCUUGAUGCAGCAACUCCCAUGUGAACGGGAGAGUCCGUCUGAGAGGCGUGUCGCUGUUUCCCGCUUUGUCGUCUGCAAUGUCUGCUCAGCCUGAUGAGCGCUCUGGAUGCGUGUAUUAAGUGUCCAUAUUGACAGCGCCGGGUCGCAGGGCAGAUCCAGGAGGCCACUGUUUUGCACUCUCUAUGCAUUGACGUUUUACAGUCUAAAAAAAAAAAAUAGUGUUGCAUAUUCGACAUUUUAUAACAAACCUGUUUCCACCGCAUUGUAUUUCUUUUUUCACUUAAAAAAAAAAUAAUAAUAAAAAGGGAUUUGGACUCAAAACAGGAACUGUUUCUCCUAAAGGGAAACAUGUUGGAGGUAAAAAAUCAUAAGCGUCAUUUGUUUCAAUAAAUUAAAACUUAAUUGGACUUCAUUAAGUCAGCAAGUAAACUUUACAUAAAAUAUACCAACGUGAAAGAUGACCUACCAAACAAACACACCAAGGGUUGUUCACUAGUGUGUGAAUUGUUGGGAAUUCAACGUUACUUUAAAGUGAAUUUAAAUCUUUAUCUGAAUCAGAAAAAUUAUGUCCUAAAAUGUAAAAUAAAUUUACUUUCACACACACCAGUGAAAAAUCCUGCAAAAAAAUGCUGUAGUAAUGACUGUUUUUUAUACAAUGUUUUUAUCUCUAUCUUCACCCAAAUUGCUAACCAGAAUUAGUUCCAAGAGGACCCUCUAGACACACGUAAGGGUGUCCCUGGCCAUAUUUGACACACCAGGGGCAGAGGCAUUUGGAUUGAAGCACGCUUUGUUUGACGAAGUAUUUAUUAAACUUUUUUUUACAUUGCAGGGAUCCUCGGAUCUGUGAUUUUAAUGGGAAAUCUGCUCUGUGCUACGCAUCAGGACUUAAAAGCCCUCGAAGGCAACAGCUGAUUGAUGCCCUAGAAGUGGGUUUAUCUAAGCCAGGUGGGUGUGAACACUGACUGUCCUGUCGAAAGAAGUGUAACAGACGGUGGAUAUUAUGUAUCUUGUGUAAGAUACUCAGAGCAUGUUUCUUACUUAUAUACAAUAAAAAUUGUGCUGAGUUUAUAAAGUAUUUAUAUAGUUAUUGGUUUGUGUGGUUUCAAUUUGCAUUGGCAGAUGCAGAAGAUCAGGCCUUCUGUGGCUUUUGUCCUGACACAAAGCAUCCUUUAUUAGACAACCCUACAAGUAGCAGAGAGCAGAUCAGUCUAGCAGCCCAGCUCGGCGGUCCAGGCUCCGAGGUAAGCAUUUCAGGAUAUUUAUAUAAAGAUCCCAGUGUCCUCUGACAAUGUCACACAGCAUGGAGUGCUGACGAAGAUGGGAGAUGAGAUUUGUACUUCCUCAGUGACUGGUCCACAGAACCACCAAGGUUAAAUUGUAUCCAUCUCAUGGACUUGGUGGGGGGUGUGCUAGUUUAAAACUUCAACAUUACUCGAAUGUUAAAAAUGUUUUACCCCUCUCCUUUAUUACUGGUGGGCGGGGGUGGACAAUUGUG